UCUUUACUCGAAUCGUUUGACCCUCAUUUCUUUUAGCUUCAAUUAUUGCAUAUGUUCUGUAGUUUGAAUGAAUAGUAGUUUUGAGUUUGAUACACAACAAAUAUGGCGCCUUGUGGGUACGUUUGGGAACGCGGCGUUAAAGCGAACACGGAAGUGUGUAGGAAGUAAUCCUCCUUUCCGCGUCUUCUUCUCUUGUGUUCGACUUCGUCCCUCGGCGUCAGCGUCAUGAUCGCCGGAGCUCUUUGGUGCACUUAAUGAAAUGAAGCAGUGUGUCGAUCAGCUCAAGGUUGACAAAUGUGAAGAGUGACAAGAAAAGGAGCUGGUGCAUCAUGGGGAACAAGCCAUCAAAGACCGGCGGCGGAGAGGAACCACCGAAAACAACUUUAUUUGAAAGGGAGCCAAAUGGCAUCACGUACAGAAUCCCUGCUCUCAUCUACCUGAAGCACAGUGGCACCUUUCUUGCCUUUGCAGAGAAGAGGACAUCUUCUCGUGACUGUGAUGCCAAACUUCUGGUGAUGAGAAGAGGGGUGCAGAGUGAUGACGGAUCUGUUCAGUGGCUGUCAAGUGAGGAGCUGUCAACCGCGUGCCUGCCGGACCACCGCAGCAUGAACCCCUGCCCCGUGUUUGAGAAAAACACCAGCACCUUGUUUUUAUUUUUUAUCUGCAUCCUGGGUAACACUUCAGAGCAAAGGCAAAUCUGCACAGGUAAGAACAAGACGCGUCUUUGCUACAUCAGCAGCGGUGAUGACGGCCACAACUGGAGCGAGGUCAAGGACCUAACGGAGAGCGUGAUAGGGCAAGCUAUCCACAAGUGGGCCACAUUCGCCGUGGGUCCCGGCCACGGGGUCCAACUUGAGAACGGGAGGUUGAUUAUCCCAGCCUACGCCUAUUACAUCCCAUACCGUUGCUUCUCGUUCCCUGUUCCGUACACCGUUUACCCCCGCGCGUUGACCAUCUACAGCGCAGACUUUGGCAAGUCGUGGCACGUGGGCAAAAUGCUCCUCAAAAAGUCGUGCGAGUGCGAAAUGGCGGAGAUCAUAGACCACGAAGGCCGCAGUCACCUUUACUGCAACGCCCGCAACACCGGCGGUCACAGAUGCGAGGCGCUGAGCGAAAACAGCGGCGUCUGUUUCGACAAACCUCGCACGGCUCCAGAACUGGUGGAGCAACCCAAAGGUUGCCAAGGGAGCGUCAUCGGCUUCCCCGCGCCCGAGUUCAUCCCCAGCGAGGACACGGACAGCAAAACCAAUGAAGCCUCCCCUCUGUCCCCGGAUACCCAAACCUGGCUCCUCUUUAUGCACCCGACUAGAAAGUGCAGCCGGCGGGACAUGGGCGUGUACUUGAACCGAUCCCCGCUGCACUCCAGAGGCUGGGACAGGCCCAGGAUCAUCCACAGCGGGCCCAGUGGCUAUUCAGACCUGGCCUACAACCGGGACAACGAUCGCUUCUCGUGCCUGAUGGAGUGCGGCAAGGAAAGUGAACUUGAGCAGAUUGCAUUCAUGUCAUUCACGCUCAGAGAAGUUAUGCAGGGACACAGAAAGACAUGCUAAAUGACCGCUUUAACUUACACGAGCCUAACUCAUUCACUGCCAUUGAAAGUGAUUGACGUGAAAUCCAUUUGAAAUGGGAUUUCUGCCAUUAAAUGAACAUGUUUUGAUGUCAAUGACGGCCAUAGAUGUCCUCCUAGUCAGGGGCGGAUCCACCAGGGUGGCAUAAUUAUAAUAAUAUUAAAACUUUUAGAACAACAGGAAAGCUGUUGAUGGGUUUCAUCAUUUUAUAAGUGUUAAUAUGACAACAUUACUUUGUGAUCAGUUAAAGAAUUGUUCAAUUUUAGAGGAGCUCUGGUUCUAUUAACGUCGGUGGUGAACGAGUUGAAAUCAAAUGAACUAUGAGAUGGUAAUGUUCCUUUAUGUUUAUUCGUGUUCCUCUUUGUAGGAGUGCACACGCAUGCAGGAGUCCUUUGGUUAGGUAUUUACUUAUUUACAUUUCAAUGUAAUUAAGUCUAAUGUACAACCAUGUUUCCUCAAAUAGUGGCUGGGGUUAUUUGAACAAAUACUGUAUAUUGGGGUGGGAAACUCAACAAUUAUCGAUACAUUGGUCAGGGAAUAUUUCUACAACUAAUGAACAGAAAAACAAGCUGUUUUCAUCCUUCUGCUGUGAAUUGGAAUGAGUUUAUCACUAGUAGAUGUCCAAUCCGUUUGAACUGGGAGGGGAAGAAUGCCAUCCCUCCCACUUUAAACGGAUUGGACGUCUAUAGCCAUCAGUGGCAGCCAAUGCCAGACAAUAAGAUCAUUUUGGGGCAUUUCACGUCAUUUCCUUUUGAAUUUCCAUCACUUCCUUUCCGUUUUGGAGCAUUUAAGGGUCGAUUCUAGGGGUAUGACAAUAUAUCGAAAUGGUGACCUUGUAAUCCAAAAGGUUAAUGAUAUCCUCCUGCCAAGAAUAUAUACAGUGGGGCAAAUAAGUAUUUAGUCAACCUACCUAAUUGUGCAAGUUCUCCCACUUGAAAAUAUUAGCGAGGCCUGUAAUUGUCAACAUGGGUAAACCUCAACAAUGAGAGACAGAAUGUGGAAUAAAAAAAAAAACAGAAAAUCACAUUGUUUGAUUUUUAAAGAAUUUAUUUGCAAAUCAUGGUGGAAAAUAAGUAUUUGGUCAAUACCAAAAGUUCAUCUCAAUACUUUGUUAUCUACCCUUUGUUGGCAAUAACGGAGGCCAAACAUUUUCUGUAAUUCUUCACAAGCUUUUCACACACUGUUGCUGGUAUUUUGGCCCAUUCCUCCAUGCAGAUCUCCUCGAGAGCAGUGAUGUUUUAGGGCUGUCGUUGGGCAACACCGACUUUCAACUCCCUCCACAGAUUUUCUAUGGGGUUGAGAUCUGGAGACUGGCUAGGCCACUCCAGGACCUUGAAAUGCUUCUUACGCAGCCACUUCUUUGUUACCCAGCCACGUCUCAUCUUCAAUGACCUUGCUGAUGGAAGGAGAUUUUCACUCAAAAUCUCUCGAUACAUGGCCCCAUUCAUUCUUUCCUUUACACAGAUCAGUCAUCCUGGUCCCUUUGCAGAAAUACAGCCCCAAAGCAUGAUGUUUCCACCCCCAUGCUUCACAGUGGGUAUGGUGUUCUUCGGAUGCAAUUCAGUAUUCUUUCGCCUCCAAACACGAGAACCUGUGUUUCUACCAAAAAGUUCUAUUUUGGUUUGAUCUGACCAACACAGAUUCUCCCAGUCCUCUUCUGGAUCAUCCAAAUGCUCUCUAGCAAACCGCAGAUGGGCCUGGACGUGUACUUUCUUCAGCAGGCGGACACGUCUGGCAGUGCAGGAUUUGAGUCCCUUGCGGCGCAUUGUGUUACUGAUAGUAGCCUUUGUUACUAGGUCCCCCCGUAUAAAUUAUCCAUUUUUUACCUUGCAUUUUUUUUUUACCCUGCCUCUUAAAAGAACUGGAAUCGCAAAUCGUUAGGAACCAGAAUCGAAACGUGGAAAUUGGAAUCAGAACCGGAAUCGUUCAAUUUCAAAUGAUGCCCAACCCUACUGUUUACUAACGCUGGCGAAUCUGUCAUUUUGCAUCGAGUUCUCUAUACAUGUGCUAACGCUGCCGUGUCUGUCAUUUUGAACCUAGUUGUAUGUACACGUGAUAGCUACCGUAGCAUCAUGUGGGCGUAGUUUGUAGCAACUGGACGUAGUUUAUAGCGGCUGUCGGCUGAAGUCAAGUAUUAUUAAAUGCCCUAAAAUGAACAGGAAAUGACCUGUAAAUGCCCACAAAAUGCUGUGAAUGCUCUGGUUUAAGUGCCAAUGAUGACGCUAAACAUCCAUUCCAGUUAAAAUGGAAUUGGAUGUCUAGGGCUGUAAGUGAGCUAACGUAGACACUAUUCUAAUGGAAGGUUUUAGUAACAAUCUACGUAUUGUUUACUUUUUUUGGGGGAGCAUAUCGAUAACCUUUUGGGCUACAAAAUACCGCGAUAUAUCACCUUUUAGAUAUAUUGUCACACCCCUAACUGUAUGUCAGGUAAGAGUGAUACACGAAGAGUGGUACACGCUGAUGUGUGGACAAUGGAGAAUUCUGACUAUUUGGUGUUUGAGUUGCAAUAGUUAAACGCCAUGUUAAUGGUGGAAUUUUUUUUUUUAAGAAAUGACUCACCUGCGGUUUGUUCUUUUAAAUCACAAAAACCUAGCAUUUAAAAGCGGGUGUUAUAUUGUUUUUGCACACAAUGGACUUGAGACUUGUACAUGUGUGAGAUGAUUUUAUUUCUGGUUAAUAUGCAAGCCAGGAGAUAAGUUUCAGGCACUUUUAUAAGUUAAAGAGUUGCUUUGUUCAAGAUGCGAGCUGUACUCUGAUGUCUAUUCAGGUUUUUACUUGCCGCACAAUUGUACUUUUUACUUAUUGCAUAUUAGUAUAGGACUAUAUUAUUUGUUCGAGAGCUGGAUGGACGUUGUCAAUUGGAGUGAAAGCCACUGUUUGAGCACGUACGCUAUACUGGUAUAAGGAAUUCUUGGCUAAUUUUAAGCAUGCUGCUCUGCCAUUAACUGACUGUUUGCGUCGCAUGCUUGACAAGUGUUCCUUGCAGCAUCCUGUGAAACACUAUAGUUGCAGAUUUUUUCCAAUCUCGUCUGAUUUGCCUUCAAUUAAAGAGUGUAGCAUUUAUGUGAUUCAGCUUUCCUCUAAUUUCAGUAUAUUGUACUGUGAUUCACACUUGCCUUUCCGUCUUCAAGCGAGAACUAGUUUGUCAUAUCCAGAUAAUCAAACCGCGCCAAAUAUAAUUUGUUUGAAACAAAAUGGAUAGUUUUAUGAUUCACCAUCUGUUUCCCGAAAUAAAUGUUGAGAAUUUCUGUUGUGAGGUUUAGAAGAUGACAACUGUGAAUAUCAUUAUAAACUGCUGGAAUGAAUCAUGAUCUGACAAGAAUUUGGUAGGAAACCAUGCAAAAACUGCUGUGUCUGUCGAUGCGUCUUGUCUAUAUUACGUGAUGUAACUGUUUCAGUUCCCAGCAUAAUGUAUGUUACUUUACUGCGUACUGUAUGUAAACCCCCACAUGACAAAAAAAGAUGCAUAUCCUAAUGCAACAUACGGUACUCAUAUUUUGUUAAAAAAAUAUCUCUAAAAUGUCAUUUUAGGACCUUUACCUGGUUGCGUUAUCGAGUGUACACCACUGUCGGUGUGUUUUUGUUGGC